CUCGGCUCAUUGCAAGGAUUCACAUCCACUGCCUGCCAAAGCCAUGGCUCUUUUCAUCUAUCUGUGGUGCCUCCUUGGCAUCCCAAUAGCAGCCAUACGAUCCGAUCUGGACACCGGUGACACCCUUGAGACUGAUGAGGCAUCCGUUCGCGAAUUUGACCUCCAGAGACGCAUGGGGCUCAAUGCCACUGGCCUGGAGCGUUUGAAAGCGAAUCUCACCGUCCACCAGGAGAAACCCCCAACGGUGGAGGAACUGCCUGCUGUUUGGAAGGACCGCAUGAAGAUAGUGAAGGAGUUGGGUUCUGGUGCCUUUGGUAGGAUCUACCAGCUAGCAGCCACUUGCGACGGGACAAAGGACCAUUUCGUGUCGAUGAAAUUCAUGGUAAAAGAUUCAGACGCUUUCCGCGAGGUCAAGGCGUUGCGUCGAAUGAAAGAUUCCAAACACGUGAUUUCCACUGUGGGAAAGCCCGACUACUUGGAGACGUCUGACUCGAUGUAUAUUCUGACGCCUUUCAUGAACAGUGGCGAUCUUCUUGGUCUAAUGAAGAAGUGUGUAGAGACAGACGGCUGCCGAUGCAGCAAAGAAGGGAUCGCACGAACAUGCUGGGACAAGAUUGGCGGUCCGUACAGCAAUGCGUAUGUCCUGGCGCUUUUUUACCAAGCGGUCUUGGGCGUACAAGAUAUGCACAGCAAGGGCCUGGUCCAUAUGGAUAUCAAGUUGGAGAAUAUCAUGAUGAAUUGCGUUGCGGGAAAGUGCUCUGCCUACAUUAUUGAUUUGGGGGUGUCUGCAGAGUUCGGCACGCGUAUGCCUUCUGGAACACCCGGCUACAUGGCGCCUGAAGUCUUGAAUAUGUUUGGAAGCAGCCAACCUCAGAAUGAUAUUUUUUCAUUGGGCGUUGUCCUUUAUAUGUUCGUGUAUGGUGAGCAGCCUGCUUUCUUCCGCGACGGGAAUACCAGGAAUUACGAUCCGACCAAAGACACAAUCAUCCCUCAGUCCGACAAUGCAGAGCAAUCAGAGAUCGAUCGCUUGGUGAUCAGUAUGCUGAACAACGACUACAAGAGCCGCAUCGACACUCCCGAAAUCUUACAGCGCCUCAUGGGCGCUUUGCUGACUUUGCCAGACAUCACCAAGGAAGUGAUUGAGAUGCUCAGCUUGACACAGGGUUACGGGGAUCUGCCUCAGUGCCUGUGGGACUGGACGCCCCCGCACCAUGAUCUCGCUGAUGGCCCGGUCCAUCGAGAUGAGUGCCUGGAGUAUUCCUCUGAAAAAAUGAAAGGGCCCGAUAAAGGCAUGAAAAUUUGUCAGUGCCCCGUACUGCGCAAAGGCAAGCGUACGGUCGGGUACUUCUCCGCGCCUGAGUGCCUUUGACGGCAUGCUCGAUGGAAAAGAUUGCAAAAGGUUUCAUCAUAUGUGCGCAGUCUUCGCGCACCUGCAGAC